AUGGGUAGGCUUGAUUCUGUAUUAAAUCUUCCUUCUACGUCCUCUAAGCUAAAAGAGAUUCAGGAGGAGUUUAAAGAUAGGAAAGUUAUUCUUGGUGUUGACGACAUGGAUAUUUUUAAGGGUAUCAAUCUGAAAUUUCUAGCAGUGGAACAGCUGCUUCAGCAGAAUCCAGAUUUGAAGGGAAAAGUGGUCCUUGUUCAAAUUGUAAAUCCUGCAAGGGGUUCAGGGAAGGAUGUUCAGGAAGCAAAGAAUGAAGCAUAUCUAAUUGCCCAGAGAAUCAAUGCUACUUAUGGUUCUAGUCAUUAUCGACCAGUCAUUAUCAUCGAUCGCCCUGUUCCUCGCUUUGAGAAGAGUGCCUAUUAUGCUGUAGCCGAGUGCUGCAUUGUCAAUGCUGUGAGAGAUGGGAUGAACUUAGUCCCGUACAAAUAUGUUGUCUGCAGACAGGGAACUGCAAAGCUGGAUGAAGCACUGGGUAGACAGAGUGAUUCUCCUCGUACAAGCAUGCUUGUUGUGUCUGAGUUCAUUGGCUGUUCACCUUCUCUGAGUGGGGCUAUCAGGGUCAAUCCCUGGGAUAUUGAUGCAGUUGCGGAUGCUCUGAAUUUGGCUCUCACUAUGAGAGAUUCAGAGAAAAAGUUGCGCCAUGAGAAACACUAUCGUUAUGUUAGUUCUCAUGAUGUGGCCUAUUGGGCACGCAGUUUUAUGCAGGAUUUGGAGAGAGCCUGCAAAGAUCAUUACACUAAAAGGUGCUGGGGAAUUGGUUUAGGCUUGGGAUUCAGAGUUAUUUCUCUUUCUCAUGGUUUUAGGAAGCUAUCCGUUGACCAUAUUGUAUCAGCUUACAAAAGAACCAAUAGAAGGGCCAUCUUUCUUGAUUAUGAUGGCACUAUUGUACCACAAACUUCCAUUAAUAAAACCCCCAGCCCUGAAGUCAUAUCUGUGCUUAACGCUCUGUGUAAUGAUACCAAGAAUAUUGUGUUCAUUGUUAGUGGAAGGGCAAGAGAUUCUCUGAGUGACUGGUUUGCUUCAUGCAAAAUGCUGGGACUUGCAGCUGAACACGGGUACUUUCUAAGGUGGAAUAGCGACUCCGAAUGGGAAACCAGUCACUUGUCUGCAGACCUUGAUUGGAAACAGAUAGUGGAGCCUGUCAUGCAGUCAUAUACAGAAGCAACUGAUGGAUCUAAUAUUGAAAUUAAAGAAAGUGCUUUGGUGUGGCAUCAUCAAGAUGCAGACCCUGAUUUUGGUUCCUGCCAAGCCAAAGAAUUGUUGGAUCAUUUGGAAAGUGUUCUUGCUAAUGAACCGGCACUUGUUAAGAGAGGCCAGCAUAUUGUUGAAGUUAAGCCACAGGGAGUGACCAAAGGGUUGGUAGCUGAGAAAGUUCUUUUGAAUAUGGUUAAUGGUGGUAAUCCACCAGAUUUCGUGAUGUGCAUCGGAGAUGAUAGGUCUGAUGAAGACAUGUUUGAAAGCAUUUUGAGUACAGUCUCGUGCCCAUCUUUACCAUCCGCGCCGGAGAUUUUUGCCUGCACUGUAGGAAGGAAGCCGAGCAAGGCCAAGUAUUUUCUCGAUGAUACUGCCGAUGUUGUCAGGUUGCUUCAAGGCCUUGCAGCCUCAUCAAAUCCAAAGCCCAAGCAUCAUCAUGCCCAAUUCCAGGUUUCUUUCGAGAGCAUAGUUUCUUAG